AAAUAUAAUAAUUGUAGUACCAUUGUACUUAUAUACAUACGAACAUACAUACAUAUUUAGUUUUCUUACAAAAUUUUCGAUUUUUUUUUUACUAUAUACUAGCUACUUAUAAGUACAUAUAAAUUUAUAUAUAUAAGCGUAUUUUAUUUGAAUAUUAAAUAAUAUAUACAUACAUUUUUGAAUAUGUUAAUCGCAUGUAAAUGCUUGAAUUUUAUCGGCUCAACUGGCCAUAUUGAUGAAAAAUUUCAACAAAAUCAAAGUAAAAAUGAUGUUGAUUCUCGAGAUGAUCCGAAUUCUUUGCAGAAUUUAUUGAUAAAUGAAUUGAAAAAGCAACAAAUAGGUCGGCGCAUAAAUUCUAAUUGCUUAGAAUUUCUAAGACAAGCAAUUGGACCGGUAUCAGAUUUAUCAACGACUAUAAAUCAUAACGAUUUGAUAUAUAAAGUGCCUCUUGAUUCAUGGUUAUUAUAUUAUUGUAUUAAUUGUAAUAAAAUAACUCAUGGAAAACAUAAAACUGAACAAACAUAUUUAAUUAAUUCAAAAUUAUUAACAAAUAAAGCUGAAAUUAAUUCACUUAAAACAAGUAAAUCAUUUUCAACCGCUUUCGAUAUAUUAAUGAUUGAUCAUCAACCAACAACACCAAUUCAAACAAAUAAUGAUUUACAAUUUGGUUUUAAUUCUAUAACAGGAUUAAAUCAACAACAAUUAACAUUAACUGGAAAUAUAAAUAAUGAAAAUAUAUUUAAUUUUCAACAUUCGAAUAGCAAUAGUAAUAUAAGUUCAACAACAUCAAUGAAUGAAUAUAAUAAUAUUGCAUCAGCAAAAAUUCAACAACAAAAACGCUUAAGAAAUUUAAAUCAAAUGUUACAACAACGUUUACAAAAAGAAAUCCGUGAUACGGACGAAAGGAUUCGUCGUUAUUCUGAACAACAAUUUGCUUUACUUAAAAAUUUUCGUGAAAAAUCUGAACAAGAAUAUCAAUUGUUAGUUAGUUUAGUAAAUCAAGUACCUGAUGAAUUAAAAGUGAUCGAUGCCAUUGAUGAUAAUACAAUAACAGCAAAUAAUAUUUUAACAACAAUGAAAACAAAUGAUAAUACUGAUAGUGAUAAUUCAACUACUAUAUUAAAUGUAACUAAUAAAAAUUCAACAAUUUUAACAAAACAAGCUGCAACAUCAGCAAAAACAAAAGGUGCCAUUCAACAACAAAACACUCAAAAUGAAACUGAUCAACAACAACAACCGCCAUCUCUAUUAGUUUUUAAUAAAUCAUUAAAUCAAAAUCAUUCAUCCCAACAGUCACAAAUACCAAAUAUUGAAACACCACCAGGUACACCGGAAAAUGUACCAAUGAGUGUUGGUAAUAGUCCAACAUUUAGACCACAUCACCAACAGCAAAAUCAAUAUACAAUUCCUAAUACGCAGCAACGUCCCAAUACACUAUUAAAUAAUUCAAAUGAUGAUUGCCUUUUUGAAUUAGAUGAUUUUGAGGUAUAUCAAGGAACUGAUCAAUCUCAAAAUAUGUCCGAUGUCGAAGAAUGCGAAGACGCAGCAGAUGCACUUGGAGAAUUAAGUGCUGGCAUGAGUAUACCUAAAAAUAUGGGAAGACGUGGUAGUAAUAGUAUUGCAAAAAGUUUACCAAUUAAAAUUGCAAAUAUGGGAGGCAGUACCACAAAAUAUGAUUUUGAAGAUUUGGAUGAUGGGGUUGUUGAUGAUACUGUAGAUAUUGCCGCUAGUAUAAAAGCUCUUGCAAAAAGUGUUCAUGGGAAUGCUGUAUUUGGAGAGCUCCCAAGGCCAAGAUUUAGCACACAAAUUUAAAAUAAAUGCUUAUAUUUCAUAAAUGUAAAAUUUAAUCGAUCGAUACACAAUGCCAAUUCAUCUAUAAAAACAAGAUUUUUUACUAUUAUUUCUUUUUUUUUUGUUUUUUUACCAUCAUAUUUCGUUUUAAAUCUAAAUGCACAUACAAACAUACAUAUAUACAUGCGUAAUAAAAUAUAUGUGUAUUAUAUAUAUGGAGGAAAAAAUAGAAAUAGUUCAUACUGCUGGAAAGAAGAAACCGCUGCAAGUAAAAAUUUAUAAAUAAUAUAGAGUUAUUUAGAAAUGGUUAAACGGGGCAACAUUAACCAAGCGAUUAUAUUAAUUCAAUAAUUUAAAAUAAUAAAAGAUAUAUGUAUAAAUAAAUUUUUAUAAUUAUAAUAUCAUUAACAUGAAUAUGCAGAGGCAAACAAAAUAUCUUACAUUUGAAAAGCAUUAUUGUAUUUUUGUAGAGCAAAAAUAUCAGAAAUGAAAUAGUUUUUUAAAAGAACCCUAGAAUAAAAAAUGAUUUUUGUUUUGCAAACAAGAAUUUUUACAAAUUGUUUCAUUUUAUAAAGAAAAAGUAAUAAAAUAAAAAUUUCGUAAAUUAAAUCAAAUUGAUUAUGUUAAAUAAAAAAAAUACAUUAUUAUUAAAUAAAUGUUUACUUUUUAUUGAUUUUUUUUUUCAUUUAAUGAGUCCGAAAAAUGCAAGGUUUUAUUGCAUGAAGCAAGGUUUUAUUGCAUGAAGCACUAUUUACUUUUUUUUGAAAAUUUACAAAGUUUCUUUUAGGCCAAAAUUCAAAAUAUUAAUGAGCUUUACUAAUAAAAAAAAGUAAUUUUUAAAAAAAGUUAAAAAGUAAAAGUGAUUGGUGCAAUAAGGUCCAGGAUGCUACAUUUUCUAAACAAAAAGAAAUUGACAAUAAACGUUUCAAUAAACGAAUUUAAAUAAUCCUUUCCUAAUAGUUACCUAAUUUCUUGAAAUUUUUUUACUUAAUUUUUUAAUGUUAUUGUAUUAGAAGAUUUAAUCAGUUUUAUUGAAAACGAAAUAUUAAUUGGAUUUUGUAAAAAAUGUUUAAAAAAAUGUUUGUACCUAAAUAUAGUACAUAUGAACUUAAUAAUAAAGUUUUUAAAAUUCAAAAUUUAAUUUUUAAAAUUUGCGAAAGUAUAAAAAUUUUGUUUUACUUAAAAACAAAUAUUAAUUUUUAAUUCAAGUUAGUGUUAUGUGUUUGUUAUGUUUUAAAUUAAGUUAUUUGAAUUUAUGUCGAUUAAAUGAUGUCGAUUUGAAUGAUGUCGAUUAAAUCAACAACACUAAUAUUAUUUUUACAUUAACUUUUUGAUGGAAACAUUAAGAUGUGAACGUUUUAAAUUCACAAAAAAUUCCAAUAUUUAUUUCAAAUUUUUGUUUUUAUAUUUUCCAAUAUUAUUAAUUUUUAAAUGCAAAAAAUCAGCGUCAAAAAGAAUAUUGAUGAAUAUUCCGCUUGUUUGCUACAAUACUGACAUGCAUAACUCAAAAUUCGUACAUUAGAGAAAAUUGAAUUGUAAAGUUUUGGACAUAUUAGAUGUUUUUUUUUUCCUUAUAGCAUAACUUUAUAAUUUAUUGUGAGCGACAAUUAUCAAUUUAGAAAACUUGAGUUUUUCUUUUACACAAGAAAGAUAUAUUUUAAGUGCCUAUUUCUGUAUAAAUAACUCGAAAAUCGUAUUUUUUUAUUUAUGUCACGGUUGCAGCAAGUUAGCAUUAUACAUAUUUUUAUUACAAUAUUUUGAUUAUUUAUUGAUCUAAAAAAUUACACAUGCCUAAUGUUAGAAUCAAGGUAUAACUGGAAGUAACUGAAUUUAAGUGCUUAAUUUCUUUUAUUGUUUCUAAAACAUUAUAAAAUUGCUAUAAUUUUUUGCACUAUUUUGAAAUUAUAACCUGUUGUACAUAUAUGAGGGUUUUCGUUAAUUUAGUUCUAGAAUAGGUCUAACUUUUAUCACAUUUGAAAAUUGUACGCUGAAGAUAUAGGUCGUUCGGAUAUUACUCGGUGUAAUAAAUUACGUUCGAAAGAUCGUUAUUACAUAAUAAAGACAUGUUAUAAAUUUAGCGGAAACAUCUAGCUGAAAUGUUUUUUUUUUUUUGCCGCAUUUGGGUUAUUUUUUUUUCUGCUAUUCGAAUGAGGAUUGUAGACUGCGUAAACACAAAAAACUGAAGUUUUGGAAUUUUUGUUUGAAAAGCAGAGGGUUUAAAAUUUAAGUUCUAAUAUAGAACUUUAAGAACAAUAUGCAUAAGUGAAAAUCUUCAACUUUUUAAUUUAUACAAAAAUUAAGUUUUUAAUGUGUUUUUGAAAUUAGUUUAAAAAUAUUUUUUAAAUUACAUAUUAUUUCAUUACAUAAAUUUAUUUGAAUUUCACCAUUAAAUUGUAAAUAAUUUAUCGACAUAAAAUAUUCUUAGUACAUACAUGUAUUCUCCUCGACUCCAAAAUUAAAAUAAUAUGGUAUUAAUAAAUAAUU